AUGAUGGAUCUUGGAUCGGGAAAGCCCAAGUUGCCGGCGCUGCUGACGGAGCACGUCAACUUGGCUUUCCUCAACCGCCUUCCCGCCCGCUACGUUCGCCGGCGCCCCCGGGCAAAGUCCAACACGACGCAUCGCGGCGAGGACAUCACGAGCCUGCAGACCUCGUUCAACUUCUGGGACGGCUUGCGAGACCUGCAGAAGCACCAAUGGCGUCUUGCCGACCUGCAAUACGUCGUCCUGGCUGGGCUGACGCUCUUCUCGCUCUACAUGGCUCCUCCGGCUCCGGCCCUCAAGCUGUUUGCCCUCAUGGGCGCCGCGUGGGUUCUCUCCAUGCCGGCCACCCGCCAGUUCUUCCUCCCGUCGCUUCCCAUCUGGGUCUGGCUGCUUUACUUUUUCACUAGUCGAUUUAUCCCUACCGAGUAUCGUCCUCAUAUUUGGGUUCGAAUCUUGCCCGCCCUGGAAAACGUUCUCUACGGCGCCAACCUGUCCAACAUUCUCUCGGCCCACAAGCACCCUAUCCUGGAUAUUCUGGCUUGGCUUCCCUACGGCAUCAUGCACUUCGGAGCGCCUGCAGUGUGCUCUCUAAUCAUCUUCAUCUUCUCCGCUCCUGGUACCACCCCCGUCUUCGCCCGUGCCUUUGGCUGGAUGAGCAUUCUUGGCGUUACUAUUCAGCUCAUCUUCCCCUGCACGCCGCCGUGGUAUGAGAACGAACAUGGACUUGUCCCUGCUGCUUACGGCAUGCCCGGAUCACCCGCUGGAUUGGCUCGUGUCGACGCGAUUUUCGGCAUUGACCUGUACACGACCAACUUCACCAAUGCCCCGCUUCCAUUUGGCGCAUUCCCCUCUCUCCACGCUGCGAAUGCUGUCCUUGAGGCCUUGUUCAUGAGCCACUGCUUCCCCCAGUUCAAGUUCUUCUUUGCUGCUUACGCUGGCUGGGUCUGGUGGGCGACCAUGUACCUGAGCCACCACUAUGCCAUCGACCUGGUGACUGGUGGUCUCAUUGCUGCCGCCUUUUACUACUCUUCUCGCGCUAGGUGGCUGCCCCAACGCCAGACCGACAAGCUGACACGAUGGGAAUACGAGUUUGUCGAGACUGGCGACCACCACAAGGUGGCAGACGAAGAGUCUGGCCAAUACUUUAGCUUGGGCUUCAUCGACCACCGCCGUGCCAACUCUAGCGACGGAUGGACUGUUGCCAGCAGCUCCAGCUGCAGCUCCAGCAGUGGCACUCUCAGCCCCACUGCCUCAGAAGCCUCAAUCCCCGGAAUGCUGGUCAUGGACUUGACUAGCGACGGGCAGGCCUGGGAUGGCCAGAUCCCACCCAGAGACGUUGAUUUGAGCGAAGUUGUUGUAUCGCGGUAA